AGGGCGCCGCGCUCUCGCUCGGGCACGAUGGGCUGCACGCUGAGCGCCGAGGACAAGGCGGCGGUGGAGCGCAGUAAGAUGAUCGACCGCAAUCUGCGCGAGGACGGCGAGAAGGCGGCGCGCGAGGUCAAGCUGCUGCUGCUCGGUGCUGGUGAAUCUGGGAAAAGUACAAUUGUGAAGCAGAUGAAAAUUAUCCACGAAGCCGGUUAUUCGGAAGAAGAGUGUAAACAGUACAGAGCGGUGGUCUACAGUAACACCAUCCAGUCAAUUAUCGCCAUCAUCAGGGCCAUGGGGAGGCUGAAGAUAGACUUCGGUGACUCAGCUCGGGCGGAUGAUGCUCGCCAACUCUUUGUGCUUGCCGGUGCUGCCGAAGAAGGCUUUAUGACUGCAGAGCUUGCUGGAGUUAUAAAGAGAUUGUGGAAAGACAGUGGUGUACAAGCCUGUUUCAGCAGAUCCCGAGAGUACCAGCUUAAUGAUUCUGCAGCAUACUAUUUGAAUGACUUGGACAGAAUAGCACAACCAAACUAUAUCCCAACCCAACAAGAUGUUCUCAGAACUAGAGUGAAAACUACAGGAAUUGUUGAAACACAUUUUACUUUCAAAGAUCUUCAUUUUAAAAUGUUUGAUGUGGGAGGACAGAGAUCUGAGCGGAAAAAAUGGAUUCAUUGCUUCGAAGGAGUGACUGCCAUCAUCUUCUGUGUGGCCCUGAGUGACUAUGACCUGGUUCUGGCUGAAGAUGAAGAAAUGAAUCGAAUGCAUGAAAGCAUGAAGUUGUUUGACAGCAUAUGUAACAACAAAUGGUUUACAGACACAUCUAUUAUACUUUUUCUAAACAAGAAGGAUCUCUUCGAAGAAAAAAUCAAAAAGAGCCCUCUCACCAUAUGCUACCCGGAAUAUGCAGGCUCAAACACGUAUGAAGAGGCAGCCGCAUAUAUUCAGUGUCAGUUUGAAGACCUCAAUAAAAGAAAGGACACAAAGGAAAUAUACACCCACUUCACUUGUGCCACAGAUACGAAGAAUGUGCAGUUCGUUUUUGAUGCCGUAACAGAUGUCAUCAUAAAAAAUAAUCUAAAAGAUUGUGGUCUCUUCUAAGUUUUGCAGUUACUGGUGAAAUGCAUUUUGAAACCAAAUGAGUACUUAUAUGUGGAUCUCUCUAGGCUAGAGUCUUGCAGCAACACAGAAUGUAGUAUAUGGCAGACACAUCUGGGACCUGACCAAAGUUGUUUUGUUUUUUUAACUGAAAGUAACAGAAGGACUUUCCUUAAAUGUGAAAGGUGGUCCUGGUGUGACCUAAGGGCCGUGUUAACACUGGGCUCUAGCGUACGGAUGAUUUCUGCGUAAGUGUAAAUAUGCAAACCUAUGUACACAUGGACUAAUUACUUUACUUUUUCACGUUACUUUUAGGUUUUAAGAGUGGCAACUUAGAAUUUUAGUGCGAUGGCUUUGGAAUGACAGAAAUAUUAAGUACUUUGUACUGAAUGACAGACUAUUACUAUGUUUGCCAGUUUUAACAGCUUUAUUUAUGUUCGUAUCCUAUAAAUUUUUAAGUACAGUAAUUAAUAUUAGGAAAUGGUGCACCCCUUAUCUUGGUUAUAUGUAUACUUGUAAUCAUAAAAAUGUUAUUUGUACAAACAUUGCACAGACUAUUUUAAUAACAUGAUUUGUUCUUUAAAUUUAAUGUGUUUUAUUGAAACGUUCUUAAAGAGGAUAAAUAUAUCUGGCUUUGGAUCAGUUAUUUAAACAUUAUAUGCAUUUUGAUUUUUCUUUUGCGAGUGCAUGCUGAUCUGAUUCUACAUUAGAUUUGGUUUGAAAACCUAAAAUUUCAGAUUUUAGAGGAUAUACUAUCUUAGACUUAUUAUAAACACUUAAUUUUUAUUCAGUUGGUUUGUUUUCACUUUGAAUUUUAAUAUUUGGAUGGUAUCCAUGCAUUGCCUUAAAGGUGAUGCCAGAUUAAUUUUUAUACACUUUAAAUAACUACGUUUUUAUUUAUAACUAAGUUUAGGUGGACUUGAGAGCAUUUUUGUGGGUAAAAUAAGUCAGCAUAAUGAAUUUGGAGACAUUUAUUUGUGUAUUUCCUUUGGGAAAUCCUUGUACUGAUCAUACACGAUAGCUCCAUGUUUGGAAGAUAACAAGAAAGAUCUUUGAAUAGUCUGCUGCUGAUAUGAUACAAGUUUUAAAUUCAUAUAUGUAACUAGUUUCAAAUUUAAUUAUCACCCUGUGUUAAAAUUACUUUUUUCCCUUA